UCAGAUUUCAUGUCAGACCUUCAAUUUUCAGACCUGAGACACUAAUGUUUGCACCUCUUUUCUUCUGUGCAGUACAGAACGUGAGAAAAAUAUGGCCUGCCAAUCAAUUGGCUGUCUGUUUUAGUCCAUUUGCCUUUAACACAAACUCACAUUUACUCACUCCCAUAACAGUCCCAGACUGAUCCUCAAAGAGCUGAGCCUUUCUUGCAUGUUCUGUCCAAUCAUGUGGCAGUUCUCUGUGUGGCUAAAAGCUGAUUGGUUUACACUCAUGGUGACCUCUCAGUGAUAUGUUUGAACAGGAAAUACAUCACAUGAACUUGACUAAAGACUUUUAGCUUUUAAUCCAGAAUGAGAUGUAUAUCAACAACACUUUGUUGGGUGGGAGGGCUGGAGUGUUUUUUCCCAUAAUAAUGGACCCAUUCACUGCCUCAACUCCAAGAGAAACUGUGGAGCGAGUUUCAGCCUUGCUGGGCUGCAGUCCGACUUCGGCCGAAGUGGCCGCGUACUUGGACAAACAUGACAAACUGCAACAUCUCAGAGAAAAAUUUCUGGUUCCCAAAAUUGCAGAUUUGCCUACUUCUGAUCUCUCGCUGGUCGAUGGCACCAAGGAAUGCAUCUACUUUGUGGGAAACUCACUGGGGCUUCAGCCCAAAAUGGCCAGACAGUACCUGGAUGAGGAGCUGGAGAAGUGGGCCAAGAUGGCCAAUCAUGGUCACACAAAAGGCACUCGUCCUUGGGCAUGGGCUGAAAACAACAUAGAGGACCUCAUGGCUAAGAUUGUUGGAGCUAAGACUGAAGAAGUGGCACUGAUGAAUGGCCUGACAGUCAAUUUACACCUUCUCAUGCUUUCGUUCUACAAACCCACAGCAGCUCGGCACAAAAUCCUUCUAGAAUACAAAGCCUUUCCUUCAGAUCAUUAUGCUGUGGUAUCCCAGAUCCAACUGCGAGGAUUUGAUCCUCAGCAGAGCAUGCUGUUGCUGUCACCCAGACCGGGAGAAGACGCUCUGAGAACUGAGGACAUCUUGGAGGUGAUCGAGAAGGAGGGCGACUCCAUCGCAGUGGUGAUGUUCAGUGGAGUUCAGUACUACACUGGCCAGCUCUUCAACAUGGCUGCCAUCACCAAGGCUGGCCAGAGGAAGGGCUGUUAUGUUGGUUUUGAUUGCGCCCAUGCAGUAGGAAAUGUAGAGCUGGAGCUACACAACUGGGGUGUCGACUUUGCCUGCUGGUGCACCUACAAGUAUCUAAAUUCAGGGGCUGGUGGUCUAGCAGGAGCAUUCAUCCAUGAGAAACACAAACACACCAUCAAACCAGCGUUGUUGGGCUGGUGGGGACAUGACCUGAAAACACGAUUCCAGAUGAAUAACGUGUUGGAGCUGCAGCCUGGUGUGAGUGGCUUCAGGCUGUCAAACCAGCCCAUCCUGCUGGUCUGCCCCCUGCAGGCCAGCUUAGAGGUGUUUAACAUGACCACUAUGCAGCUGCUACGCAGGAAGUCCCUCCUGCUGACAGGUUACCUGGACUAUCUGGUCCAGCAUUACUACACCAAAGACCCCACCCAGCCUCACAAACCUUACGUCCACAUCAUCACACCCUCCGACCCGCAGCAGAGAGGCUGCCAGCUCUCGUUCUCCUUCUCUGUCCCUUUCCAAAAAGUCUUCCAGGAGCUUGAGAAAAGGGGGGUUGCUUGUGACAUGAGGGAACCCAGUGUGCUGAGAAUUGCUCCGGUGCCACUCUACAACUCCUUCACUGAUGUUCAUCGCUUCAUAGAAACUCUUGCAGCAGCUCUCGCAGCCUGCAGCAGCCAAUGAAAGAUGCCUGAGUAUGUCUCAGGAGCACCUGAAGAACAAGGACCAUCCGAUCAGGAAGCGAGAGCCCGGCACCGUGUCCAUGUCACAGGAAAAUGAAUUGAUCUGAACCGGCAGUUAAGACCAAAUUAGCAACAAACUGACUCUGAUGUUUAAAUAAGAUGAUUUUACAGCUACGUAAAGGAGAAUAAAAGUGAAAAGUGGAUGCUCCUCUUGUCCUUCAGUAGUGAAGCUGCAAGUGAGGACCAACCCCUGAUGCUCCAGCUACAUCAACACCAGCACCUCCCUGCCUCACAAACUCAUUCAGUCCUAAAAUGUUCCUGAGAGAAUGCAGUCUCUCCAUUAGCUCUCAUCUGACCCUUCAUCUCAGUUCAAUUGUAUAUACUAUUUAGUGCCAAAUGGCACUGAAAUCCCUGGCAACAGGAGACAACUGAUCAUCAUAUAGCCAUUGACUGGUCUUAAGAUGGAUUGAAAAUAACUUUUUAUUUCAUUUUACUUGUGAUCACAAGCUGGGCCUCUCAAUUAGUAAUCUGUUAAAACCAUAUUUACUCAAAGGGUGAUCAAUUUUACCCCCAAACAUACAGCAAUAAUUUUUCUAUUAUCCUUGCAUUGCAUAUUAUCAAUAAGUACAAAUAGUCACUCUUCAAAAGGUAAUGGGAGGUGGAGGGAAUCAGAUGAUCUUGUUCACCCUCAAAAAGAAGAGUUCCUCCUGACACUUAAAAGAGAAAGUCAAAUAGAUUAGAAUCAAAAUCAGCUUUACUGACCAGGUGUAUUGGACACACGAAGAUUUAGACUCUGGUACAGUGACUCUCAAUGUGUAUGUACAGGUCCAGAAGCACGGGAAUGUGCAUUAGG